AACGUCAUCAUUGCAAGCUGUGGUAAAUACUGGAAUCUUCAAUCAGAAAAAGGGCCGCAGAUCAACCUCAAAAGGAUAUCAUUAACUCAACAAGCCUCAGAGAAACAGCUCCUCCGGAACUAAACUACCAAAAAUGUUAAUGUCUCCUGCCAGCAUUUUCUGUACUGAAAUAGCUGCUUUGCUUCUUGUACGAUCUGUUGAAGGCUCACCAUUUCAAGAAAGUGGAAUCGGGGAUAAAAUCAGGAGCAUCGGCAGAGUUACAAACAAACAGCAUGCAAAUGAUCAGAAGGGGUUUGAUAUUGUGGUUCAUGGAGUGCUCCUGUGGGCUUCAGUUGGAUUCUUGAUGCCCGUGGGGACACUGGCGAUGAGAAUGUCAAGCACAAAUACAAUGGAUCGUCAUCCCCCCAGGCACAAAAUCUUGCUCUAUGUCCAUGCUGCUCUGCAGGUGGCGUCUGUGCUGCUGGUCACUAUUGGGGCAGUUUUAUCAAUCAGAAAGUUUGAGAAUGCGUUCGACACCACUCAUCAGAGAAUCGGCUUGGCACUUUAUGGUGUCAUAUACUUGCAAGUAUUGAUUGGGUUCAACAGGCCAGCAAGGGGAAGCAAACAUCGGAGGACAUGGUAUUUCCUGCAUUGGAUGCUUGGUACAAGUAUAAACCUGGUGGGCACCCUGAAUGUGUAUACAGGGUUACACGCCUUCCAUGCCAGAACAUCAAGAAACACACAGCUUUGGACCAUCAUUUUCACAGCUCAAGCCUCGUUCAUGACAGUGUGCUAUCUCUUUCAAGACAAGUGGGAAUACGUACAGCAGCAAGGAAGAAUGGAGGAGGAGGAUGACGGUGGCGAUGGUGAGCCAAAUGUUUCUCCAAAGGAGAAUGGCCAUGGGGGGAUGACUGAUGAGGAUCCAUCAACAUCGCCCACGAGAAGCAGAAGCAGAAGCAAUGCACUUGGGACUCAUUUUUCGAGAACCAAUGUACUCAACACACUGCUGCAACAACCCAAUGCGUGAUAAUAAUCAUAAUAACAAUAAUAAUGUGAACGAGCAGUUUAUUCUUUAUUUACUAAUUUUAUUUACAGAAAAUUGCGUCCACUUCCAACGUCUUGACACGCUUAACUUGUUCAUCUUCAUGUUUUCUCAUCACCGGCUAAAAU